GGAAGAGGAGGAGGAGGAGGAGGAGGAGGAGGAGGGGGCAGGAGGAAGAACGGGAAGGACAAAGUGGUUGAGAAAAGGUGUAGUGGAUUUGUGAAGAGGAUUAGUGGUGGGCAAGAAUGAUGGAGACGACCACUACGUCGUCUGGACCACCGUCGGAUGUGGCGAUGUGGCCUGGGUAUGAAAAGUUCAAGGUUGUUCAGGAUAUACUUGAUCAGAACCGUUUAUUAAUCACAGAGAUUAAUCACAACCAUGAAAUGCGGCUCCCAGAGAAUCUAACGCGAAAUGUGCAGCUCAUUAGACAGCUCAAUGACAAUGCAGCAAAGAUUGUUGAGGUAUAUGGGGAGAUAUCGGCAUCAUUCGUCAAAGCUUUCGGUAAUCAGAAGCGGGAGGGCCGUCUUUCGCCUCUGCGUGAGUCGUGGGCGGCGUGCGAAGUGUCGUGUGGCAGGGAAGAGCACCGGGCUCAUCUUCGGCAGCGCUGGCAGGCGUUACCCGUGAGAGGCGAAUGGGUGAUGGAGAUGGACGUUCGCGGCGGCGGACAUGGGUUGUGUGAAGAAGAGAGGGAGGCGGUGGCAAUGGCGGUGACUGCCGUAGUCCUCGACACGGUGAGCGACAUGUCGUCCACAGACCGCGACAUGCGUUUGCAGCUGCGGAAACGUAGAGCACUGUUGCAACGCGUCGUUGAAGCGCCGGGUUGCGUGGCGACGUCUGAAGCGGUUGUGCAGUUGUGCUCGGCGCUCUCCUCCGGCAUGUUUGCCGCAUGCGCCGCACACGUUGAGAAGAAGGUGACACAUUAUAGGAUGCCAUUGCUUGUGGAGCAGGUCAUUGCUUUCGCGUUGUACAGGUGGGCGUCCGGGGAGACGUACGAGAGUGACACGUCAGCCUUCGGCAUCGGCAGGGCCACUGGACUGCAGGCCAUCCGCGAUGUAACUUCGGCGCUGUUGAAGGCGUACCCCGACUGGAUCAAGUGGCCUGUGGGGCGGAGAUGUGUGCAGAUACUGCGCACUUUUCUGGCGAAGGGUUUCCCGAACUGCUUCGGCGCAAUCGACUCCACGCACGUGUACAUUGACAAGCCCGCCGACGCGCUGUCAGAUAACUACUACGACCGCAAACAGAAGUUCUCCGUCCAAGCAGAGGUGGUAGUCGAUUUGGAUCUGCGUAUCCUUGACGUCCAUGUUGGAUACCCGGGUAGUGUGCACGACGUCCUUGUCCUGCACAACUCCCAUUUGUGGAGGCACGCAGAAAGUGGGGAGCUGUUCGACGCCCCUCCGGAGAAUCUGCCACACAGUGUCGUCACGCGAGGUUGCCUUCUUGGCGACAACGGGUACCCCGAUGGUAACAAGGCGGCGGCAAACCAAGCCACACCUACAUCACACUGCAGAGCAGGCGGAAAGCUCACGGACACACGACUGAAUGUCGACGAUAUGUCGACGAUAUGUCUCUCAGGGCAGUGGUGUGCAGAAUGCGCGAUUCUCACAGAGAAUGGAGUCACUGCGAGCUUCUGAAAGGAAGAAGAGGCUGGUU